UCGUGGCAGCUGUAAAACGUGUUUUGCUAAUGUUUUUGUUGCUUUGUUACAAUGUGGCCGAAAAAAUCUAUGUAUAGAUAUUGUGUCGUGCCCGAAUGUAAGAGUACCACGAUUAAAACACCAGAAAAGCUCUUCUUCAGUAUUCCCACCGGCGCUCAGAGGCGAAGAGAUUGGUGUAGCGCGAUGGGCCGGACGCGACCUCUGCGACCGUAUACGAAUUAUUUCUGUUGUGAAGAUCACUUCGAUAUUGAAAACGACAUGGAGAACUACAUGAAAUUCAAGUUGUAUGGAGUAUCAAAGUUAGUAUUAAAAAAAGGAAUUCUUCCGCACAAAUUUGCUUGCCAGAAUUAUAUGUCCAUUAGAGAGAUCCAGAAGGAACAAACAGCUGGCAGUUCCUUAUGCAUCAAGCAGGAGGCGGAUAGCGACAGUGGGACCCUUAGCUGCAACAGUGAUACAAUCAGCUGCGGUAGUGACUUGGAUAACUGGCUCCAAGAGGAUCCUGAGUUGCAGGUUAAAGUAAAAUUAGUAGGUGAGCCGAAAUCUGAAACCCAUCACACCGAGAUGACAGACCCUCUAGCAGUCGAGAACAAGAGUAAAGGUCCCCAGAAGGACAAAACAAAACCGUAUAUUGUAAGCAUGGUGUAUGUGGAAAAAGUGAAGAAACAUUGAGAGAAAAAAAAUGAUUUGUACUGAAUGUGAAAUAUAUUUUAGUAAGAAAAGUGAUACGUUUGAUUGUGUAAGGUUGU